CGCCACAGCUGAUACAAUAUAGUGGCACACAAUAACGUUAUUGAUUUAACUGCUGUCAUUAUUAUGCAUUUAUUGUACACAACGUAGUUAUUUAUCUGUCAUAUUAAGAUAUAUCUUAGUAACGUUUAGGUUAUCGUUAAAAUGUGGGUGUUUGGAUACGGAUCUCUUAUCUGGAAAGUGGAUUUUCCCAUAAAACGAAGGGUGCCAGGGUAUAUCACAGGUUUUCAGAGACGGUUCUGGCAGGGGAGUACAGACCACAGAGGAGUUCCGGGAGAUCCAGGACGUGUGGUCACAUUAGUACCCGCUUCGAAUAAGGACAGGGUAUACGGUAUUGCGUAUGAAAUUCACGAACAAGAUGCCGAAACUGUGAGACAACAUUUAGACCAUAGAGAAAAGGGCGGAUAUACAACUGUUAAAGUGACCUUUCACCCUUGUGAUCAAUCGGAAGAUGUUGAUUUAGUACUUUAUAUCGGCACGGAGGACAACCCGAAUUAUUUAGGACCGGCGCCGUUAGAUGAUAUCGCCAAUCAGAUUUACAGAAGUGUUGGGCCAAGUGGCAAGAACAUAGAAUAUCUACUGAAUCUAGCUAAUGCUGUGAGAACUGAACUUCCGGGAGUUGAGGACAGCCAUCUGUUUGAUCUAGAAAGCAAAGUUUUAGAACUGCAACAAAGUCCUUCUUGAUAUCUAGUUUUUCUUGAUCAUACUAGAGUAUUUCCCCUUUACAUUGUAUUUACUUUUUAAAUCAUUAUGGCAUUAACUAUGUAUUUCUGUCAGGCAUUAGCAAAGUAAAAAUACAUGUACAUCUGUCGAUUUGACAAAAUAUUAUGUUUUGAAUGUG